AUUUUUUGCCCUUUUGUUGGGUCUGACUCGGACUAGUGACACUUCCGUCUCAGCUCGAAUAUUUUUAUCUGGAAUGGCUGUCGGUUCUUGAGAUGAUACCACCACUGAAUGUCUCCUUGUCAUUGUCUAGUCCAACCUAGACAUGUGGAUAUCCACAAGGUUCCGGCAAAACCUUUUUCAGGUCAUGUCGGGCAUGGAGCUGAAGCACCAUGAACAGCCCGUGGUUCUGAGAGAGGACAACGGCCGCCGGCGCCGGAGGAUGAAGCCGCGCAGCUCCGCAGCCAGCCUGUCCUCCAUGGAGCUCAUCCCCAUCGAGUUCGUGCUGCCCACCAGCCAGCGCAACAGCAAGACCCCUGAGACGGCGCUGCUGCACGUGGCCGGCCACGGCAACGUGGAGCAGAUGAAGGCCCAGGUGUGGCUGCGCGCGCUGGAGACCAGCGCGGCGGCGGACUUCUACCACCGGCUCGGGCCGGACCACUUCCUCCUGCUCUACCAGAAGAAGGGCCAGUGGUACGAGAUCUACGACAAGCACCAGGUGGUGCAGACCCUGGACUGCCUGCGCUACUGGCAGGUGCUGCACCGGAGCCCGGGCCAGAUCCACGUGGUGCAGCGGCGCGCGCCCUCCGAGGAGACGCUGGCCUUCCAGCGGCAGCUCACCGCCCUGAUCGGCUACGACGUCACCGACGUCAGCAACGUGCACGACAACGAGCUCGAGUUCACGCGCCGCCGCCUGGUCACGCCGCGCAUGGUCGAGGUGGCUGGCCGCGACCCCAAGCUCUACGCCAUGCACCCGUGGGUGACCUCCAAGCCCCUCCCGGAGUAUCUGCUGAAGAAGAUCACCAACAACUGCAUCUUCAUCAUCAUUCACCGGAGCACCACCAGCCAGACCAUCAAGGUCUCGGCCGACGACACCCCAGGCACCAUCCUCCAGAGCUUCUUCACGAAGAUGGCCAAGAAGAAGUCUCUGAUGGAUAUCCCGGAGAGCCAAAGCGAACAGGAUUUUGUGCUGCGCGUCUGCGGCCGGGACGAGUACCUGGUAGGUGAAACGCCCAUCAAAAACUUCCAGUGGGUGAGGCAUUGCCUCAAGAACGGAGAGGAGAUUCACCUGGUGCUGGACUCGCCUCCAGACCCAGCCCUGGACGAGGUGAGGAGAGAAGAGUGGCCACUGGUGGACGACUGCACGGGAGUCACUGGCUACCACGAGCAGCUGACCAUUCACGGGAAGGACCACGAGAGUGUGUUCACCGUGUCCCUGUGGGACUGCGACCGGAAGUUCAGGGUCAAAAUCAGAGGCAUUGAUAUCCCUGUCCUGCCCCGGAACGCCGACCUCACGGUUUUUGUGGAGGCAAACAUCCAGCACGGGCAGCAGGUCCUUUGCCAGAGGAGAACCAGCCCCAAACCCUUCACGGAGGAGGUGCUCUGGAACGUAUGGCUUGAGUUCAGUAUCAAAAUCAAAGACUUACCCAGAGGGGCUCUACUGAACCUCCAGAUCUACUGCAGCAAAGCUCCAGCGCUGUCUGGCAAGGCCUCUGCAGAGACUCCCGGUUCCGAGUCCAAAGGCAAAGCUCAGCUUCUCUAUUACGUGAACCUGCUGCUGAUAGACCACCGGUUCCUGCUGCGCCACGGGGAGUAUGUGCUCCACAUGUGGCAGAUUUCCGGAAAGGGAGAAGACCAAGGGAGCUUCAAUGCAGACAAGCUCACGUCGGCAACCAACCCAGACAAGGAGAACUCCAUGUCCAUCUCCAUUCUUCUGGACAACUACUGUCACCCAAUCGCCUUGCCUAAGCAUCGGCCCACCCCUGACCCCGAAGGGGACCGGGUUCGAGCGGAAAUGCCCAACCAGCUUCGGAAGCAACUGGAAGCGAUCAUAGCCACUGAUCCACUUAACCCUCUCACGGCAGAGGACAAAGAAUUGCUCUGGCAUUUUAGGUAUGAAAGUCUUAAGCAUCCAAAGGCCUAUCCUAAACUGUUUAGCUCCGUAAAAUGGGGACAGCAAGAAAUUGUAGCCAAAACAUACCAACUGUUAGCCAGACGGGAGGUCUGGGACCAAAGUGCUUUGGAUGUUGGGUUAACGAUGCAACUCCUGGACUGCAACUUUUCGGAUGAAAACGUAAGAGCCAUCGCAGUUCAGAAACUGGAGAGCUUGGAGGACGAUGAUGUCCUGCAUUACCUGCUACAGCUGGUCCAGGCUGUGAAAUUUGAACCAUAUCAUGACAGCGCCCUGGCCCGAUUUCUGCUGAAGCGAGGCUUAAGAAACAAAAGAAUUGGUCAUUUCUUGUUUUGGUUCUUGAGAAGCGAGAUAGCCCAGUCCAGGCACUAUCAGCAGAGGUUCGCCGUGAUCCUGGAAGCCUAUCUGAGGGGCUGCGGCACGGCCAUGCUACACGACUUCACCCAACAAGUUCAAGUGAUCGAGAUGCUGCAGAAGGUCACCAUUGAUAUUAAAUCGCUCUCUGCUGAAAAGUAUGAUGUCAGUUCCCAAGUUAUUUCACAACUUAAGCAAAAGCUCGAAAACCUGCAGAAUUCAAAUCUCCCAGAAAGCUUUAGAGUGCCGUAUGACCCUGGACUGAAGGCAGGAGCAUUAGUGAUUGAAAAAUGCAAAGUGAUGGCCUCCAAGAAAAAGCCCCUGUGGCUUGAGUUUAAAUGUGCUGACCCUACAGCCCUAUCCAAUGAAACGAUUGGAAUCAUCUUUAAACAUGGUGAUGAUCUGCGCCAAGACAUGCUGAUUUUACAGAUUCUACGAAUCAUGGAAUCCAUUUGGGAGACUGAAUCUUUGGAUCUGUGCCUCCUGCCAUAUGGUUGCAUUUCAACUGGGGACAAAAUAGGCAUGAUCGAGAUCGUGAAAGAUGCCACGACAAUUGCUAAAAUUCAGCAAAGCACAGUGGGCAACACGGGCGCAUUCAAAGAUGAGGUCCUGAAUCACUGGCUCAAAGAAAAAUGCCCUAUCGAAGAAAAGUUUCAGGCAGCCGUGGAGAGAUUUGUUUAUUCCUGCGCUGGCUACUGUGUGGCUACCUUUGUUCUUGGAAUAGGCGACAGGCACAACGACAAUAUUAUGAUCACAGAGACAGGAAACCUAUUUCAUAUUGACUUUGGACACAUUCUUGGGAAUUACAAAAGUUUCCUGGGCAUUAAUAAAGAGAGAGUGCCAUUUGUGCUAACCCCAGACUUCCUGUUUGUGAUGGGAACCUCUGGAAAGAAGACAAGCCUGUACUUCCAGAAAUUUCAGGACGUCUGCGUCAAGGCUUACCUAGCCCUUCGUCACCACACAAACCUGCUGAUCAUCCUGUUCUCCAUGAUGCUGAUGACGGGAAUGCCCCAGUUAACAAGCAAAGAAGAUAUCGAAUAUAUUCGGGAUGCCCUAACAGUGGGGAAGAAUGAGGAGGAAGCUAAGAAGUAUUUCCUUGAUCAGAUUGAAGUUUGCAGGGACAAAGGAUGGACGGUGCAGUUUAACUGGUUCCUGCACCUUGUUCUGGGCAUCAAACAAGGAGAGAAACAUUCAGCCUAAUUCUCCGGGCUAGAAUGCAAAACCCGUUCGUGUCCUAAAGCUUUAAGUCAGCAUGUCCGUCAUCGGACUCGGAUCUAAAAUGUAACAGGACAUCAUGAAGGCUGGCACCUGAGAAAGACAGCCCUGUUCCUGGCUGAACUCUUCACAGGAAGAAAACAUUGGCAUGUCAGAUUGUCUCAGGCACGUUCGGUUUUAGGCUUACGCGCAGGUUUCUUUUUUUCUCAUUCGCCUCGGUGAUGUUGGAGAACAUUCUUAGUUUAAACACAUUACUUCCUCA